AUGGAGACCCUGGAAGGAGCUGAACUCUGCUUUCCGCACCUCCUCAACACCUCCUGCAGGAAGCCGAUGCUGUCUUUCUCCGAGGGCGUGAUCACAUACAUCCUGCUGUCCUUCAUCUCUGUUCUCACUGUGGCUCUCAACCUGCUGGUCAUCACCUCCAUCUCUCACUACAGGCAACUGCACACCCCCACCAACCUCCUCCUCCUCUCUCUGGCUGUCUCAGACUUUCUUGUGGGCCUUCUGGUGAUGCCGGCUGAAAUCCUCCCCACAGGAGCCUGCUGGCUCCUGGGUGACUUCAUGUGUGCUGUAAAGUAUGUUGUAACUCUUACCAUCAUCUCUGCCUCAAUAGGAAACAUGAUGCUCAUCUCAGUCGACCGCUAUGUGGCUAUUUGUGACCCUCUGUGUUACCCCACCAAAGUCACUCUGUGGAGAGUCAAACUCAGUGUUUGUCUGUGUUGGAUCUGCUCUGUUUUCUACAGCUGUCUUGGUUUAAUAGAUUCAUUUAGGCAACCAGGCAGGCAUAAUUCCUGUCAUGGAGAGUGUGUGAUUCUUAUCAAUUAUGUCAUGGGAACUGUUGACCUUGUUUUCACCUUUAUCAGUCCCAUUACUGUGAUCAUAGUUCUAUAUAUCAGAGUGUUUGUGGUGGCUGUGUCUCAGGCUCGUGCCAUGAGAUCCCACAUUGUGUCUGUCACUCUGCAGCCUUCAGGGACUGGAACUACUAAGAAAUCGGAGCUAAAAGCAGCCAGGACUCUUGGUGUUGUUGUGGCUAUGUUUCUUGCAUGUCUGUUUCCAUAUUACUGUAUAUCUCUUACUGGUCAAGAAACCAUGAUCAAUGCUUCCUUUGUGUCCUUUGAGAUCUGGCUGUUCUAUUUUAACUCCUGUUUAAACCCUGUGAUCUACACCUUUUUCUACCCCUGGUUUAGAAAAACUAUCAAGCUCAUAGUUACACUUCAGAUCCUGCAGCCUGACUCCUGUGAGGCCCACAUACUGUAG